UUUUCCCACAAUAUAACAGUCAGAACCUCUCUCUCUUCCCUCGAUUUUCUCUUUGUUUGCCACCGAUAGCUUGGCUUUCCCUCGGUUUCUUGGUUCUCUCUCUUCCCUCGAUUUCCUUUUCUCUCUGUUCCCUUGUAUCUUUCUCUCCGUGUGAAGCACUCUUUGAUCUAUGGAAGAAAAAGCUGGUCCAAACCCAGGAGCCCAAUUUGGUUGUUUGUAUCAAUAGAUGAACCAUUUGCUUAUCUUCCAAUGCGGUCUUGUAGAAUACCAACAAGAAACAGACACUUGAGCGGAAAAACCCAGAGAAAUAGAUCUGAAUUUAGUUCAAGUCGGUGCGGGAUAGGAUCUGAUGUUGAGGAUUUUGAGGCCAUUGGUGGAGGAUUUCUUUUCCUUAUCAAUAGCAUUCCAUCUUUGGUGGACCCAUGACUUUAUUCUCACUCCUAUGCUUCAGAUUGUUUAAGCAGGCUUUUGGGACCAAGAGACAGGUUAGAGACUUUUACAAGAUUCUUAACCAAGUGAACACUGAGGAAAUCCCGCAUGGUCAACUUGUUUACGAAAUGAAGAUCAGCCAGUAUGAUGCAAGCACCUUUGCUUUCAAGUUAAGGGCAAUGGUUUGGCUCUUCCCGAUUUUCAGUGAUAUCAACUUGAUCUUCUACACGCCCCCUCAAUCUGUAGGGGAGAUCACGUACAAUCAGAUUGAAUUGAACAUUUUUGAACUUGCUUGGUGGCAACGGUUUUGUCAAGGCAUUUGCCAGCUGAUCACGACUUGAGAUAAAUUGCACGAAUAAUUGCUUGCGAGACAUUUGAUCCCUAACAAAGUGGAAAUCGAUUUCGAUGUGUUUUGUUCAAGCAUGAAACACUAGAUUUGAUGAGAGGUAAGUUACACCAAUAUUGUCACACCAAAGCACAAGCGGUUGACGUACAGAGAUGCCAAGCUUGGAUAAAAUGGACUUGAUCCAUGUGAUUUCGGUUGCAGUGUUUGCAAGAUAUAUGUAUUCAGCCUCAGUGCUGCUUCGGGUCACUAUUUGUUGUUGUUUGCAGCUCCAUGAAAUUAGAUUAGGUCCUUGAAAAAUGCAAUAGGCACCAACAGAUCUUCUAUCAUUUUUAUCAGCCGCCCAAUCCGAGUCUGAAUAGGCUUGGAGUCACAGAUAUGCUGCUUUGGUGAUCAAGAGGCCUAUUGAAACCGUGUGUUUGAGAUAUCUAAGUAUUCGUUUAAUGGCUUGCCAAUGUGAUUCCAUAGGCUUAUGCAUGAACUUACUUACUUUGUGAACUGUAAAUGCCAAAUCAAGCCUCGUAAAAGCUAAGUAUUGCAUGCUACCGACGAUACUUCGAUAUAAACCCACAUCAGUACAUGGAGUGCCAUCAGUUGCAGUAAGAUGACAUGUAGAAGCCAUUGGAGUGGUACACAGUUUAGCUUUAUCCAUGUUGCUUCUUUUCAGUAAAUCAACUACAUACUUUCGUUGAGUGAGAUAAAGUCCCUCUGAGCUUCGAACAGCUUCAACCCCGAGAAAGAAGUGGAGAUCUCCCAG